UUACUUUGAAUUUUUGACCUCCGCCAAUUUAAAACUUCCGCCAUUUUCAUUUCCUCACUCCCUCCGGCUCCGUGGUGACAGAAAGUAGGGGAAAAGAAAUGGACAACGUUCUUAGUCCUCCACCGUGCCCGAACACAGUGACGGUUCGCCGGAAUCCUCACAGGAAGGCUAGGCCAACGCCAUCAACGACGAAGCCUCCUUCGGAUACCUCCUCCGCUUCGUCCUGUAAUUUGCCCCAAAUUCCCUUUCCUAUUCAGGACAUCCUCUCCAUUGAAAUUCCACAAUCUGAAACCACCACCAUCUCUGAUUCACAACCACCUUCUUUCUCGUCUGAUGAUUCUGAAUCGGAGAAUCUAAAAGUUUACCUUAGAAUUCGGCCUCUAGUACCUCCGACUGCGAGAGGUUCCACCAAAUUUCCUGCAGACCAAAGCACGCGGUCCAGAGCAAAAAACGUGUGGCCUCAAAAUCCAGCGAAGAAAAACACUGUAAAAGAGAAGAAUCCGACGAAGAAAGCUUAUGAGAGUUGCAUAAAGGUCGGCGAUGAUUCAUGCUCGGUCACAUUAUCUCCGCCCGCAGCUUUGCAAGAUUCUAAACGGAGCAAAUCUGAGGUUUAUGAGGGGUUUUCUCAUGUAUUUUCUGCUGAUUCAACUCAGAUUGAAGUGUACGAGAGGAUGGUGAACCCCUUGGUGGAGGGUUUUCUGAAGGGUAAAAGCCUAAUGCUAGCAGCAUUGGGGUCAACAGGCUCUGGUAAAACUCAUACCAUGUUUGGUAGUCCAAGGGAGCGUGGUAUGGUUCCACUGGCGCUCCAGCGAAUUUUCAAGCCAAUCAAGGGGUGUGGCUCAGAGUCCUCGAGGAAAUUUUUCUUGUCAGUUUUUGAAGUAUAUGCUGAUGGGAAAGCUGAGAGGAUAUGUGAUUUGUGCCCAGAUGGAACUGAUUUGCGUGUGCAGCAGUCACCUAUUAAAGGGAUUCAAGAGGUACUCAUCCAUGAUGCUGCAGAAGCAGAAUCGUUGAUAGGCCGUGCAAUGCUGAAACGCUCCACAGCUGCAACAAAUGCAAACAGCCAGUCAAGCCGUUCACAGUGCAUCAUCAACAUCAGCAGUGUGGCUGAAAAAGAAAAAGAUGUUCAAUCAAAUUGUGCUGUUUUAACCUUCGUUGACCUUGCUGGAGCUGAAAGAGAAAAAAGAACUGGAAACCAGGGGGCACGAUUGCUUGAAAGUAAUUUUAUCAACAACACAUCAUUGGUGUUUGGUUUGUGCCUACGAUCAUUGUUAGAACACCAAAAGAAUCCCAAGAAGCCACUGCAGAAGCACUUCCAAAACUCUUUGUUGACAAGGCACCUGCGAGAUUACUUAGAAGGCAAGAAGCGGAUGACACUGAUUUUGACAGUAAAACCUGGAGAAGAAGACUACCUUGAUACAUCAUACUUGCUAAGACAAGCUUCACCUUACAUGAAGAUCAAGUUUGCCAAGGUAGAGGACGAAUCCAGUUUGCAUUGUAAUAAGAGGCAUUUCCAAACAUUGUCUCGACCUGAGCAGCCCAAACGAAUGAAAGUCAGCAGAACUGAUGCUUGCAAGAAAGAAGAAAAGGAUGUUGGAGAUGAAAACCAGCAUUGCAAGGAAGAUGCCCCUCAGAGGAGAAACUAUCAGAUCAUGCAAAAUUUUGCCAAAGCUCUAUUGAAUGUCUUGAAGGAAUACAAAGAAAAGCUGAAGGUGGCAGAGACGGAAAUCCUUAAUCUCAGAGGAAACCUUAGCUAUGAGAAGACUAGAUCUCUUGGGCUGGAGAAAGAGCUGGACAAUUUGAAGUCCUGCUGUACUUGUUCAAAGGAAGAACAGAUAUCUUACAGUGUUGAUGAGGACAAUAACCCUAGAUAUUCCAAGGCUGAGGUUGGUAAUACUUCAAGCAGUAGUGCUGAAAAUCUUGACUGCCCCAAGUAUUUUCAGAAUGAGUUAGACAUAGCUGUUGUAGAGUAUACAAACCAGAAGCAUGAAAGCUUCCCUGUGAAUGGAAAUAUCAACACGUUUUCAGAGCAGUCAGAUUGUGUGGUUGUUGAGGAUGAUAAACUUAAUACAGAAGCAACAGAGAUCGGAGUCAGCUCAUCUGGUGAUGACAACAGUUCGUCUAUAGAUCAGGUUCAACAACUUAAUGAGAAUGAUGAGGACAAUAAGUCUACCUAUUCCAAGGAUGAGGUUGAUAAUACAUCAAGCAUUAGUGCCGAAAAUCUUGACUGCCACAGUAAUCAGAAUGAGCUAGACAUAGCUGUUGUAGAGUAUACAAAUCAGAAGCAUGGAAGCUUUCCUGUGAAUGGAAAUGUCAAUGAGGUCUCAGAAGAGUCUGAUUGUGUGGUUGAGGAUGGUAAUCCUAAGACAGAAGCAACAGAGAUUGGAAUCAGCUCAUCCGGUGAUGACAACAGUUUGUCUAUUGAUCUGGUUCAGCAACUUAAUGAGAAUGAUGAGGACGCAAAAGAUUUGUCGGCAUCACUGAAGGAAUUAAUGGGUACUCAAGAAUGUGACACUGCCAAUGUGCCCCACUCUGCAACAAUACCGAUUACCACCUGCAAGCCUCCAGACAUUGAGAAACCGAAAAGGAGGCUUUUGCCUGCUUCAUCGGUAUUACUUAGGAAUGUCAGCACGUUAGAUGUGGAUGAUGAUGUGGCUACUCAACAGAAACCAAAGGGGAACAGAGGUGGAAAGAAAUCUGCUGUGGAGGAAAGACAAAGAACUCAAGGAAGCAUCUCCCUACUGCGUCUUCUUCAAAGAAAUCCUCAUCUAUAAUUCUCUGUACAACUUGCUUCUUGUAUAGGAAUUCAAUUUACUUCAUCUUUUCCUUCCAAACAAUAUAAUUACGUAUUUAAAAUGGUUACAUUGUAUUUUGCACAAUAUUAAUUAGAGUGGGGUGGCUUUUGCUUCAUAUCAAGGUCAUUAAUAUUUUGUAAUUUAAUGUAAUAUAAAUUACAAAAUAUUUU